UGUGUAAGGCUGUUUGCUCAACAGUUUGCGAACAGCUCGUUUUUAAGCAAUUGGCUCGAUCUGAUUCGUCUAAGUGAACAUUACUUUGAAGUAAGAAAUGCGUCUCAUUUUAUCCGUCGUAAUUUUCUUUGCUGCUUGCGCGGACAUGAGAAAAGCAGAAAACUACAGGUAUAAUGCCGUAGACGCAAGACUUCUAUUCAAACCAAAGAUUUCCUUGGCGACUCAAACGACAACGACUACGUCAACCUUCACUGUUUCUUGUACAAAAUCCACUACGGCUUGUGCGGCUCCUGCUCCUGAAGGUGGAAUGGUUUUUCGUGGUCGAAGAGACAAAAGUGAAAACGAAGAACAAUUUCCUGCUGACCCCACUCCUGUCCAAGGAGUUGAAGCUACCCAAGUGCCAAAUCGAGAGGCACGCGCUGCAGAUCCACAGUACGUCAUGUCUCCGCUUUCGUAUUAUGCUCAAGAGAUCCAAUCUGGCAUAAAUAGCAACCCAUUCAACUAUCACUCGAUUUCCCUCCGCGACGACUCAUAUCCACAACCUGCAGUUGGCCAACAACGAAUUUUUGGCGUCAACCUUAAUGGAAAUCAAGCAGGUUCUUUCUUCGGAAGCCCGAAUUUGUUUCCUGCACUUCCAGGAGUUGUGUACACGUUUACGUCGACAUUUACCAUAACGAGCUUUACGGUCACUACGUCAACUUCGACCCCAGCUUGUUCUGCGCCGGGGAUGUUACAGUGUCCAUAAGAAAAGCUAAUUGUGACAUCGGACAUGAGAUUGUCAAAACGGAUUAAUAUGCGGAACAUUAAUUAGCUCCACAUAAAAAAAAAUAUAUACAUUAACCAAUGCUUUAGUCUCUAGGACGUAAGCUGCAACAUUGUAACGUUGUUAAUUUUAAUACAUUUCAUAACAGAU